GUUCGUACUGGUGGGAAACGCCAGCCAUCAGGCUCUGUUGGCCACCCCUAGCGACGACUGUUGCAGACCCGGCUCCAGCGCAUGCGCCGUGGCCGUCGUGCGACCUGCUGUACAACUGGUACUGGUGCCGGGGGCACGACAAAGGCGGCAUCAUCUGCGCCACCAGCGUCAAGCGCGGCUCCAUCGAGCCGGUCGCCGUGCUCUGGACACGCUCCCUCCACUCGAGCAACAAAAGCCACAUCCCAGGACAGGAUGAGUUUGGAAUGAUAUACAAUUUUAUCAACUACGCAGGACAACUAAAAUUUACGCUGAGAUUUUGUUCUAAAUCGGACACAACGAAGACAGAACCCAUUGAAUGGCAUCACGAAGAUCCCCCGCCGUGCAAAAAGAACUGGUACAACUGCGACCUGGUGGACGACAGGAUCUCGUGCCAGCUGAGACUGUGUCCAUGGUCCCACGAACCACUGCUGCCGGCGUCUGGGAAGGUCAGCGAUUGGUACGGCUGUACAAAACGUGGCAACCAGGUUGAUUGUUAUCUUAGCAGUCUUGGUGAGCGCAAGAGUCAUCCUCACACCUGGAAGCACGUGCUGUACCCCGAAUUCCACCACGAAUUCCUGCCUCACCACGAACACCCUGGUAUGUCACCCGAGUUCCAUGGCCCAAUGCUGGAACCGAUUCAUGAGUUACCUCCUCCACCACCACCAGCCUGGAAGCACUGACUGAAACCGUAAUGGCUGCGCUUCUUCUAGUACUUUGAAGCCGAAAUGCUAUCUCCGAAAAGCCAAAGGAGAUCUCGAAACCAAGCAUUCAGUACCAUAUUGCUAGACUUUAAGUAUUAAUGGCAAC